AUGAGAAGGCUUGUCAAGAUCCGCCCCCUGCUUGGCUGCUGGUGGGUGCAGCGUCGAGGUGCCAUGGACGGGCAGGCCUUCUUUGAACUCUACGGGAGAAACCCUGACGGUGACGAUGUGGACAAUUCACAAAGUUUUGGGACCUCUCUUUUUUCGUUGGCUGUUGGCGACGCCUUGCCGGAGGAUACAUCAGCAAAAUGGAUCCAUGCCCUUAAUGAAUUCUCCGCCCAACUGUAUGCAAGGCCCAACGAGAAGGUCCAUCGUUCCGUGGUGGGGAAGGCCUUGGAGGCUCUGGUAGCAUCGACAUCAUUGCCACAUUAUAGGCGGUCACGAUGCAGUCGGCAGAGAUGGGAGUCUGCGCUUUGUGUUUGGAACCAUGCGGACCAAACGGAUCACCAUGGCGCUGCGCUCUUAACAGCUGUGCUCUAUUACAACGGUAAAUACGAUGCCGUGAUACAGCAGGUGGAAGCACGCUGGUUGGAGGCAUCUGCACGUUCCAUUAAUACGGAUGAUAUCCCACAUGCUUUGAGGCUGAUGAGCAUUUAUGUGCUUGCCUUAUCUUUUAGAGGGAGAAGAUGCGUCCCGCGGUUAAUGAUGGGAAGGAUGAGAGAGCUCGCCGAAUUUGCAGGGCGUACGAUGCGGGAUGGAAAGGCGACCGACGUUGCACGGGAGUAUAAAGUAUUCCUUUGCGCACUGGAUUGGUACUUUCAUCACACGGAGGAUCCGAAGGAGAAGCGUUUUGUUGCCUCCACAUUUCUUCCUUUAACGCCAAAAAAACUUUGUUCUUAUGUAUUUUCUACGGAAUCUGUGAAUUUGGAUAGUGUAGGGAAGAUCCUGCCUCCUGCUAUGCUUUUUCAUGCUGGGAUGCAGUAUGCGGCUAAGGGAGAGAAGGAAAACCUGUUGAGCCUCUUUACGGACUGCAAACAACUUGAAUUAUCCCAAAAUGGAUUUCGAUUAUUUCAACUUUCGACACGGCUUGGGGAUAUGAUCUCUCGGAUGUCAGGUGUGACGACACGUGGUCUGUUGGAGGUGGUUGGAUUCUGUGGAACCGCCCUGAGUUUUGAUUCACUUAAAAAAGUUGGUUCCACCCCUCGCUGUCGCAGUGCCGUUCUUGAGGUGCUUAGUCGCAUGGAAGGACCAGAUGCCUAUUUUGCGGUUCGACAUGUCCUUUUUCACCACAGUGCCGCGGAGGCGUUGGCUUUUCAGGAGACACAUGGAGAUAUUUUUUCUGGGGAUGCAAAACUUGUAUGGCGAACUGCAUUGCAAUCGAUGAAGGACUCUAUUUCGCAAGGCGAUAUCAAUUGGCGUGAGUCAUUGCCCACGGCGCUGCGUUUAUUGAGUGAUGCCGGUAUGACCUCAGUUUUCUUUCAACUUCUAAAGGAAAGCCAUAGCGAAGGUGAAGGGUCCUCUCUUAUGACAGCUUCAGCAUUGGGACAGGCUACACGUCGCUCUGCACAAUGGUGGCGCUCAUGUGAUGUACUUGAUAUGAUUGUAUCGUGUAAUCCUCCACGAACACGAGCUGAUGAUUUGUUUCUUGGUGAUGCCUGCUUACAGACUUUGUAUGCCUUGCGAGAUGCCAAACGCUGGAAAGAAGCACUUGCCUUCUACACAUCGCUUGCCCCAGUAAUGCCGGAAGCGGCACAUGGAGUGCUUUGUUCUGUUGUCUGUGGCAUGCCUGUGUCAACACCUUGGGAGGAGGCUUUAGCUACAGCUCAGAGCUUUGGUAACGUCCCUGAAAAGUUUUUGAAAACGCUACUGUGUGCUCGAGAUCCAGAUUGUGUCAGUGCUUUGCAACACCAAAGUUUUCAUUCUUGGCGGUACAUGCUCCAAGGCUAUGCCGAGGGUGGUCGCUGGCGACAUGCACUGAGAUUGAUUAAGGGUUGUAAGGAGGUGGAGUUGGAUGCAUGGGUCUUGCUUCUUCGUUCAGCGCAACGCGCUCCAGUUGGUGAUUUGUCUUGUGAAUUUUUUAAAUAUCUUCCGCAAGUAGUUUGGAGUCAUAAGGCUUUGUUAAGGCUAAACAUUUUAAUUGCCGAGGGGCAUGGAUAUUUAAAGGAGUUGCGUGACGCCUUUCAGAGUCAAAAGGAGAACACUUUGGUGGCAGAGUAUGAUGCGUUGGUAUGCUUUUUGAUGGAGGGUUCUUUUCCCUCAAAGAAACUGAUCUUUACAGAUGAAUAUGUUAUUCACCGAUUGCUAAUGUCUCCUGCACCUUCUGUGGGGUCAAUAUGGGUCACUGUUGGGUGGAACAAUAACACUUUAGAGGUGUUCAAACGCAGAUACAUGGGGAAUAUGAAAUCCUUUGUCCAAGGGCACUACAAGAUUCAUGCUUCAUGUAUUGCUAAGAAAUACUGCAGUAAUCGAGAAGGCACUUUCACGCUGCGUGUCAUUCCACCUCAUUCGACCCUGAACACAAGUGAUACACUCAUUUCCGUGAUGGGGGAUGUGAUUGUGGCGUAUAAGCCGCCUGGAGUAGAGCCACAUAGCUACGCCCGGUUGGUGGCUCAGCGAAUUCAGGCGGGAGUGAUGCAUUACUCCGCAUAUCACCUGAGCCCGUCCUCAUGUGGUCUGAUUCUCCUCUUGGCGUCAACAAUUCCUACGAAAGCUGUGCAUCUUGAAAUGAAGGUGUUGGCUCGGGUUUUUCCUGUGAGCACCAUGUCUUUACCCCUUUUAUCUACCGAAUUUUACAAGGCGUACACGAUGGAUGUGAUAUCGGGACCGUUUUCGGACGGCGGCGUUGUGGUCAAAGCCAAGUGUUGCUCUGACCUGGAUGGACUUCUCGCGGGAUCAUUUUACCGUUUGACAGAGAGCUUGGCUGGCGAGGGCUGGGGAAUUUCUUUGCAGGAGAGCGGUACUUGUAGUGGUGCCAAAAAAGACGAAUUCGUAUGUCUCACGGAGCUGGUUUUGUCUAUUCACCACGUGGGUUUAGAGAAGGAACGAAUGUACUUUUCUGCUCGCAUUCCUCCCUCGUGUAUGGCUCAGCUCGCACCAGAGGAAGAUCGCCUUUCUCAUAUUUUGUGUUGA